AUGCCACUUGGACGUUCAAAUAAAAAUCAAGCAUUACGUACUGCUAAAUCGGAUAGUUCACUUCAUCAACAAGAAUAUGAUCGAAAAACAAAUCAAAAAGUAAUUUAUCGAUGUAUUGUAUGUGCACUUGAUAGAACUUUAGUGAAUAGUAUAGAAGUAAAGGAAAGAAAUAAUCUAAGUGAUUUAUUUAUUUCACAUAUGAAGAAACGUACAAGCCAUCAAGUUCGUUUUAUAUGUUUACAAGAUCGAAUUAUUUUUCGAAAGAAAAAUUUUGUUGCUAAAUCAUUAUUUCGUGAUCAUGUAUUAUACAAAGAUAUAGAACAUUUUUUUAUGUGUAAAGAAUACCCAGAUAUGUUUAUGUUAUCAGUGAAAUCGGAAUUUCCAUAUUCAAGUUACUGUGAAACAUAUAAAUGUAAAGAUCCUAAUGAUACUAAACGUUUAUGUGAAAUAAUUUAUGAUGCAUCUAAACAAUCUGAUAACAUGGUACAUGAUAUGCCGUCAGUGGAUUCUCCAUUAAAGGCACAAUCUAUGUCAUACAUUGAUACUCAAAUCAGUUCAGAAGUUACAAAUAAAAAUCUAUUGAAUCGUUCAUUAUCAAAUAGUUUAAACGAUGGUUGGGCUACACCAAAAUUACAUAAUGAAUCACCAAUACAACUAUCAACCGAUUCACCAGUUCGAUCACCAUUACUUUCUUAUCGAUCACCUGUUCAAACGCCAAUGAGUCGUGAAUCUCAAAUUAAACCAUUAGUAGUUACACCAAUUAAUACAGUGAAUACUUCAGCUUACGUAUCUGCUCCAACUGAAAUGACUACAAAUACAACAUAUUUCGACUAUGAUCCUAUUCAUGGACCACAAAUUAAUGAAGUUGGACCAAUUUAUAUGUUUAUGGUUAGACAUCCAUCACAACCUGACAUGACACAUUUAAUACAUGAAUCAUAAUCAGUAACUAAAUACAACACACACGAAAAAAAAACACGAAGAGGAGAGUUUUUUUUUCGAUACAAAAAAAGAAACAAGAUUAAUUUUGUUUACCAAAAAAGAAAAAAACUAUUUUUUUUUAAAAAAAAGCAUAACUUUUCUUUUAUUAUUUAUCAUACAAAAGUUAUAUUCAAAGAAAGAUGAAAGUAUCUAUGAAAGGUAAUGCGACAUUGUUUACAACAAACAUUGAAUUAAUGAUAAUAGUUCUACUCAUAGCAAAUUCACAUGAUAAAAGUGUUAUUGUUAUUAUUAUUGUUGUAAUAUUUCUUGUUGUUUUUUUCGUUUUCUUUUUUUCUUUUUGUUUGUUUAUUAAACUAUUUUUAGUAUUAGUUUAUACUUUAUGGAUAGAAGUUGUUGUUUUCUUUUUCUUCUUUAAAAAAACAUCCAUUAAAGAAGAAAUUUUUGUUAUAAAUAAGAUAUAGUACUAAUACUAGUAUUAUUAGUUAUUUAUUUAUUUUUCUCCUUCUAUUUGUUUUGACUAAUAGUUUAUGUUUAAAAAUUUAUAAAUUCUGCCUUCAUAAUGAUGUUUAUAUGACUUGCUGACAAUAAUGGUAACAGUUUGUUUGUUCAUUGAACAUUGAUGAGAAUAAUUGAAAUGAGAUUCAACUCAUAAUAAAAGCAUGAAACGUUAGAUUAUACUUAAUGCUCUUACUUGAUUAUCAUGUUUCUUUGUUUGUUUUUGUUUUGUUUUUCUUUUGAAAGUUUUAUGCUAUUAUUGACUUUUACAAUUAUAACAAACGAAUGGUAUUUUUUAAUGAAUUGGAUUAUAACCAAAAUAAGAUCUAAUAUAACUGUUGUGAAUUAGUAUUCAUAUUAGGAAAGGUUUAUUUUAAUAUAUAAAAGGAUUCUUAAAA